AAUACCCAACUCCCCAACUCGUACGGUCACAAAAGCACCCACACCUUUCUCCCUGUCAGAUUAGCAUAACCCUCUUCUUCUUCCUCACCAAAGCUCAGACCUUUAUCUACUGGGAAACAAUUUUUCACUAACCCUAGACAAACCCAGAUAGAAAGUUCAUUACUUUGUGUAUUUUGGGACUUGGUUUUUUUUUAAGGCUUAAAGUUCAACCAGGGCUGACUCCAUCUCCAGGGUUUUUGGAGAUACUGGAUUGAUUGAGUACCAAUGUGCAAUUAAAGCUUGAAUCUUGUUAAAUGGGUGAUGUGAAGAUACCAAAUUGGAUAGAAGGGUUGCCAUUGGCGCCUGAGUUUUAUCCAACACAUACUGAAUUCGCAGACCCGAUUGCUUAUAUAUCGAAAAUUGAGAAGGAAGCUAGUGAAUUUGGUAUUUGUAAGAUUAUCCCACCAUUGCCAAGACCUUCGAAGAGAUAUGUUUUUAAUAACUUGAAUAAGUCACUUGCUAGGCGGCCUGAAUUGGGUUGUGAUUUGGUCCCUGGGAGUGAUGGUGCUGUGACGAAAAUGGGUGCUGCUGAUGGUAGUAAUGAUGGGGAGGUUAGGGCAGUUUUUACUACUAGGCACCAAGAACUGGGGCAGAGUGUUCAAAGAGGGAAAGAGCCGACUGUUCAGGAUCUGACAUCAUCUGGUGUUGCUAAGCAAGUGUGGCAGAGUGGGGAAGUUUAUACUUUAGAGCAGUUCGAGUCCAAGGCAAGGACUUUUGCACGGAGCAUUUUGGGUACAAUUAGAGAUGUUUCUCCAUUAGUUAUAGAGGCCAUGUUUUGGAAGGCAGCUUCUGAGAAGCCGAUAUACAUUGAGUAUGCCAAUGAUGUGCCUGGGUCAGCUUUUGAGGAACCGGAAGGUGUGUUAUUCUAUUCACGUAGGCGGAGGAGGAAGAGGAAUUCCUACCACAGAAGUGGACCAAACUCUGAUAGCAAGAAAAGUGAAGUGAUUAGAAGUUGUGAGAAAAACUCUCAAAAUGGUGAAGUUGAGGAAGCUACCCCUAAAAAUGUUUCUCCUACAUGCUUAGAGGUACCAAAAUCAUCUGCUUCUCCGGGAAUAGUGUCAACAGAUGAGACUUCUCAAUCUUCUAGGAAAAGAAGUCAAAAUUCUUCUUGUGAUAUGGAAGGUACUGCUGGUUGGAUGCUUUCAAACAGUCCAUGGAACUUGCAAGUCAUUGCACGCUCACCUGGUUCACUUACUCGUUUCAUGCCGGAUGAUAUCCCAGGUGUUACUUCUCCUAUGGUUUAUAUUGGCAUGUUAUUCAGCUGGUUUGCUUGGCAUGUUGAAGAUCAUGAGCUUCACAGCAUGAAUUUUCUGCACAAUGGAUCUGCAAAGACUUGGUAUUCUGUUCCCGGAAAUUAUGCAUUUGCUUUUGAGGAACUUAUUCGUACUGAGGCAUACGGUGGUACUGCCGACCGUCUAGCUGCUCUCUCACUAUUGGGUAACAAAACAACUUUAAUGUCACCUGAAGUAGUUAUCGCAUCCGGAAUUCCAUGUUGCAGGUUGAUACAGAAUCCUGGUGAAUUUGUUGUGACUUUUCCAAGGGCUUACCAUGUAGGAUUCAGUCACGGUUUCAAUUGUGGGGAAGCUGCUAACUUUGGAACACCCCAAUGGCUAAAAGUUGCUAAAGAAGCUGCGGUACGUAGAGCUGCAAUGAACUAUCUUCCUAUGCUCUCCCAUCAACAGUUGUUAUACCUCUCAACUAUGUCUUUUAUUUCAAGAGUGCCAAGAGCCCUGCUACCAGGUGUGCGGAGUUCCCGAAUGAGAGAUAGGCAAAAAGAAGACAGAGAGCUAUCAGUAAAGAAGGCUUUCAUUGAAGAUAUUUUAAAUGAGAAUGAUGUGUUAUCUGCUCUUCUUGGGAAAGAAUCAAGUUGCCGUGCAGUAUUAUGGAACCCUGAUUUACUUCCAUAUACAAGUAAAGAGUCUCCUAUACCCACUGCGGGUGCUCCUGUUGAUACAAAUUCAAAAGAAAAUGCUACGGAUACUCAGGGUGGAAAAAGUACAAAUGAUCAGAACUCUCUGGUAGAUGAGAUGAGUUUGUACAUGGAAAAUCUCAAUGAUUUAUAUUUGGGCAGCGAUGAUCUGUCUAGUGACUUCCAAGUGGACUCCGGAACAUUGGCAUGUGUGGCAUGUGGGAUACUUGGGUUUCCAUUUAUGUCUGUGAUGCAACCAUCUGAGAAAGCCUCAACGGAACUUCAGCCUGAAUAUAUUUUAUCUGAAGAAUUGCCAGGCAAUUCUCAUUUCUCUCCAGAGCUUCACGAAGCUUUCAAAGACUCUGCUACAGAGAUUCUCUCUCCUAUUUCCAAUCCUUGCACAACAAGGUUUGACAAUCAUUGGAAUAUUGUCAAUAAGUUUCUGAGGCCACGGAGUUUCUGUCUUGAACAUGCUGUUGAAACUUUGGAGCUGUUGCAGUGUAAAGGUGGAGCAAACAUGCUUGUGAUUUGCCAUUCUGACUAUCAGAAAAUAAAGGCUCCUGCUGGAGCCAUUGCAGAGGAAAUUGGUUGCCCUUUUAACUAUAAAGAGGUUCCUUUGGACACUGCCUCAAAGGAAGAUCUGAACUUGAUAGAUCUUGCUGUCGAUGAUGGUCGAGAUGAAUGUGGAGAGGAUUGGACCUCAAAGUUGGGUAUCAACCUACGGUACUGUGUCAAGGUCAGAAAAAGUUCUUCCUCAAAGCGAGUCCAGCAUGCAUUGGCAUUGGGUGGAGCUCUCUCUACACAAAGUUGCAGCGCAGAAUUUCUGACUGUUGACUGGAAAUCUAGAAGAUCUCGGACAAAGAAGGUUUAUCUAGAUGCCACUUACAAACAAUGUCAGACCAUUGAGAAAAAGAAGGAAGAAGUGGUGGAGGCAAAGUCAGCAGCUGCCGCCUCUUUUAAAAGUGAAGCAACAAUAAUUCAAUAUUCAAGAAGGAAUAAGCGAAGACCAAGUACUUCUACAGGAGCAGGAAGAGUUGUUGAGCAACCUGCUACUUCUGAAGAGUUUGAUAAACAUGGCAGGAGGGCUUCAGAUAGUAGCACUCACAACAAUGGUAAGUCCACCAGCUUAUGUGCAAGGUUGGACUCGUAUGCAUCGAAGAGUAUGUCUGAAGUGCAUCCUGAUGUCCAGAUGCUUGAAGCCACCAGGGAUAUCUGUUUGAACUCUCUUCCACAAGUUGCAGAUAGAGUUGCCUUAACAGCUGGAAGUGCUGAUAAACAGAUUGAAAAUCACAGUUUGGAAGAGAGGCAGAUGAACAGUAGAGGUAGCAGUUUAGCAGCAAGUGAGUCUGAUAUGCAACAUGAGAUCAAGAUCCUUGAAGAAGCCAGAGUGAAUGACCCUAUUACUCCGCUUGCCAUUGCAUGUGAUGAAAGGUCUGAAAAUAGAGAAAAGCAGGAAAACAGAAAAUUGAACAAAAACGAUGGCAACUGUAAUUUGGUGUCUGAACGACAAUCCCAACUGUGGGCUGAGGAGGAUGUUCUUAUGGACGUGGGUCCUGUUUUCACCGAAUUAACAAAUGUAUGUACUGCUGACUCAAUUGUGACAAGUUCUGAGGAACAGAUGGGCAAUGCAGUCAUUGAUAAAUCUUGUGUGAAUAGUGAAAUUUGUGAAUCCAUCACCACUGCUACUGACAGAAGUAAUAACAAGGCACCAGCUUCAUAUAAUUCCACACUGGUAAGUGAUCCAACUUCUGCAGCAUCUGAAGGUCAUGUUGAAUUUGAAAGAGAAACUUGUAUUGCAGAAGAUUUUAGCAAUGUUGUUUCUUCAGAGUUCAAACCGGAAGAAGAUAUUGAGAUUCCACAAGGAAGAAAUGAAGAUUCCAGUUUCAGUCAUGCUAGAAGGAUCAGGCAACCCUCUCCUGCUUGUACAGACAGAUUGUCGGGAGUUCCAAGUACGAUCUGUGCUGAAGCAGAUUUUCAUCGGGGCCCGACUUCACAUAUUCAAGAAUUUCAGGCUGCAGAUAGAAGUAGCGAGGGGGAAUAUAUCUCUACUUCAGUGAUACAGAUGGAAGAAACUCAUCCCUCAAUCUCAUUGGAAGAAUCUCCUGAAGUUCCAAUGGGAAGCUCUUUGGAGGAAGGCACUAGCAAUGGUGUGAUUUUAGCCACUGUAGUUCAGCAAGAUGCCCAAACUACAAAUAAAGCUGUGGAAGCACCUAGUCAGAAUUUUGUGAUACGAGUAAAAAAUCACCCUAUACCUGUCUAUGUUGAAGAUGAUGUUCCCAGAGUGAGCUGUGCAACAGAAGCAACUUUGGAUGAUAAAGAACAGUGGACAAACUCUUACAGUAAUAAGGAACUCAUUGCUAGUCAUGAUACUUCAAAAUGCGAGCUGUCACGUGUUACAAUCAAAACAUAUUUCAGAGUUAAAAGAGGGAGUCGUGCUGCCGAAAAAUUGUGCAACGGUAGUGAAGAUUGUAUAUCACAACCUGAAAGAGAGACGGGAAACAUUGAGCCUUCCCUUGUAGACCACAGACCGGGUCCUGAAACUGGAAGUAAAAGAAAGAGAGGACUGGAGCAGAAAAUGGAUGACAACUUCAAUAUUAAUGGAUAUAUUAGGGGGCCAUGUGAAGGUCUGCGACGAAGGGCUGGGAAGGGUGUGACAGUUAGUGAGAUAGACAUCCACGACGAGGUUGAAGAGAAGCCAGUGGCAAAGAAGGUGAAAAGACCAUCAGAUGCUUCUGUUCAUCUCAAGGAUAAGAAAAAAGAGCAAGUAAAGAAGACCCACAGCUGCAACCUAGGGAGCUGUAGCAUGAGUUUUCACACAAAGGAGGAGUUAAUGGUGCACAAGCGUAACCGUUGCCCACAUGAAGGGUGUGGUAAGAAGUUCAGUUGCCACAAGUAUGCAAUGGUUCAUAGCCGUGUACACGAGAAUGCUAGGCCCUUCAAGUGCCCAUGGAAAGGUUGCUCCAUGUCAUUCAAGUGGGCAUGGGCACAGACUGAGCAUAUACGAGUACACACUGGAGAAAAACCAUACAAGUGUAAGGUGGACGGCUGUGGCCUCUCGUUCAGGUUUGUAUCGGAUUUUAGUCGUCAUAGACGAAAGACGGGGCAUUAUGUGAGCUAACGUUGUAUGGCAGUAUUCUUUUGUGAUUAGGCUACUUGUGUAACACAUGGGUAUAAGCAAAGGGAUUUAUGGGGACAAAGAGGCCUCCAGGUUCCCUUGUUGUAGUCUUCUAUGUGAUUUUAGGUGUACAACUAGGGAGGAAUUUAACAUUUCUAUAGCAGCAGUUGAUUUUUUGAGCC